CUAGAGACCCACACAUGUGCACAAAAUAUACGUGUGUCUCUCAUAGACUUUAAAGCAAAAUUAGAGAACACUUAUUUUUAGCCAAAAAAAGUAAUUAAAGAAAAAACUAUAUAAAAACAGUUUAAAAAGGGGAUGAUAUUAAAUGAUUUUCAUGUGAAUUAUAAAACGUAUUGAGUAUUAUCGUGACCGACUUCAAAAAACAAGAAAAACCUCAACUUCUCUUUUUCAGCUAUAGCCGCCGCCUCCUCCCACUAAACUCAAAUCCUCUCAUAGUCUUUUCAAUCAAAUCUGCUCUUCUUCACUGUUGAAGCUGGCUAUCAAAACUCACAAUAACUAUGGGACCGAUGAUGAUGAGAGCAGAAGAAGAUAACUACAAUCUAAAUCCUCCACCAUGGCUAAUCCCAAUGCUAAGAGCAAACUACUUCAUCCCUUGUUCAAUCCACGCCGCUUCCAACAAAAGCGAGUGCAACAUGUUCUGUCUUGACUGUUCUUCUGAGGCCUUUUGCUCUUACUGUUUGCUCAAUCACAGAAACCAUCGUGUCCUCCAGAUACGGAGAUCAUCGUACCACAACGUUGUGAGAGUAAACGAGAUUCAGAAGUACAUAGACAUAUCUUGUGUUCAGACAUAUAUAAUCAACAGCGCAAGGAUCGUUUUCUUGAACGAACGUCCUCAGCCAAGAAUCGGCAAAGGAGUCACCAAUACUUGUGAAAUCUGUUGCAGAAGCCUUCUCGAUUCUUUCCGUUUCUGCUCUCUCGGUUGCAAACUUGGAGGAAUGAAGCGUGAUCCAAGUCUAACCUUCUCUUUGAGAGGGAAGCAUGGAAGAGAGUACGAAGGUGAGUGGGAAUCUGAUGAAGCGACUACACCAACUAAGAUACGCAAGACAUGUGCUUUCAACCGUCUGAUGAGUGGUCUUUCCAUCUCCACCGUUAAAUGUGAUUACUUGUCAGGAGAUCAACCGUCUUCGAGCUCCGGUGAUGAGAGCGGUUUUAAACUUUCUCCGGGGACACCGCCGAUAUAUAAUCACCGGAAUUCAAGUAGACGGAAGGGCGUCCCACACCGUGCUCCUUUCUAAAAUUAAUACUAACGGAAGCUAAUUAUAUAGUGUAGAUUAUAGAAAAUGUGGUUGUUAUGUUGUAACUAAAUGGUUAGUAGUUUUUAACCUUUUGAGCUAGGAAUAUACAUAUUGUAAGACAUAUUACUUACAGGUAUUGUUUGGUUUUUCUUUUUAUAGUACAUAUAGAAAUUAGGUAUAUACUGUACUCAAAGGGAUUGAAAUAUGUUUUCAUAUAGUUUUUUUGCUGUAAAUAUACGUUUGAAGGAGGUAUGUUUCUUCAACUUGUUUGUAUCGUAUACUGUGUACUAUCUUCACAAUAAAAUAGCAAAUAUGAUAACUAGGAUUUUUAACUGAA